UACAUUUGUCUUAGAAUAUCUUUGCAUUUGUCUUAGAAUAUCUUUGCAGUAAACACUCAAAAGAUAUUCGUUAAAAUAAUCUUUCACAGAGUUCGCCUGCGAAAUUAUUUCAGAAGCAAGUUCCAGAAAUGUCUCAGACUUGGAAAACGGGCAUUCUGUUAUUAGCUGCUGUUGCUUUGAGUGCAGCUGGGAUUUUGAUUUGGAAAAAGAAGAAAAGAAGCUAUGUCAAAGUGGGAAAGAUUGCAAAAAUACUCUUUUAUCCUGUCAAGUCUAUGAAAGGGUUUGAAAUCACGGAAGGAAAAUGCACUGGAAAAGGAUUGGAAGUUAAUGGUCUUCUAGAUAGGUCUUUCAUGUUAAUUGGAGAUGACGGCGUUUAUUUUUCUCAUGGUAAAGCUCCACUUCUUAGCUCGUUGCCUCCACCACAAAUCCAAGGAAAAUAUCUCAUAAUCUCGAAACCUUCAGGGCUUGAUUUGAAAGUUGAAAUAAAAGAUUCUCCAACACCAGGGGAUAAACUUAUUGAAUGUCGAAUUUUUGAGGAUUCUGUUAAAGUAGUUGAUUGUGGAGAUGAAGCAGCAGCAUGGUUCCAGGAAUACCUGGAAACGCCUGGCGUCCGUCUGGUUCGUUAUUUUCCCUCCCUUCCCCCAAGGAAAUACCUAAAGCAAAACCCUUACGAGAGUCAAUUAAAAGCAAAACAUCCGAUAGGAUUGCAAAACAAGACUGCUAUUCACCUGAUGUCUCAGGCUUCCAUUGAUGAUUUGAAUUCGAGGAUAGAUGGAAGUAAUAAGGUGUCUUUUCUCAAUUUCAAGCCCAACAUUUUAGUAGAAGAAUGCGGAGCUUAUGACGAAGACUCGUGGAAAUACAUGAAGUUUAAUAGUGGAGUAGAACUCAUGAACUGGGAACUUACUGCCAGGUGCCUUCAGACCACAAUCAAUCCUGAUACAGGAGUAUUAACUUCUAAAGAACCUUUGGUCACCUUAAGAAAGUAUAGGAUUCCAAAAGAUCCCGAAGUAGUGGAGAAAAUAGGGGCAAGGCCUUGUCUUGGAAUACGUUGUAUCGUUCUUAAAUCUGGCAAUAUUUGUUUAAAUGAAGAUAUUCUCGGUGUAGUUAGUAAGAAGCCGCUGAUGAAGCAAUGAGGAAAGAUGGCUAUACUUUUCCUAAACAAAAAUGUGAACCAUACUAUUUUAAAUACGAGAUAUUUAAGAAAUGUUUGCUAAUGUGUUAAAUAAUUUACUAGUAUAACUUAAUUUAAAUUAUUUGAUACUGUAAAAUAUCUUUAAGUAAUAGCUAUUUUUUAAAUAUGAAAUGUUUCAAAAAUGAUCGAAACAAAUUUUAAAAAGUGCUAGAACUUAACUGUUUAUUUAAAUCACAGAAUGCAUGGCCUAAAAUGCAAUUACCGGUACCUAGAAGGUGCCUGCUUGCUAGCAAGAGGCAGUUUUGGAAGCAUAAAUUCACCCCAGUUUCUGAGGCAAUGGAUCAGUAUAUGAUUGGCGAGGCAGUUAAUAUUCAUUUUUCGAAUCUGACACACACACCGAAUAAUAAUUAUUGGCGGUAUUAAGACAAUAAGAAUCAGCGUAAUAUUCAUAAACUUGCAGGUCUAGUAUCGAAGGUUUAAAUGUAAAAUUUCUUCUUCAACAACAGAAAUGCAAAUCUUCAGAAGGUUUUUUUUUAAACCUUUGAAUUUCCGCAGAUGAAAAAGAGGGUUCUAUGUGUAAACCUUCGAGAAUAGUCCUGCAAAUUUUCUAAUAUUGGGCUGAUUUUUAUUAUCUUAACACCUUCAAUAAUGCAUUUUUCGAUUCUAUAGAAAGAAUCAUUGUAUGUUCCUGCAGAAGGCCAGAUAUGCUUCAGAAAAUUUCAACAGCCAUUCGACGGCAUAUGGUUCUAGCACAACAGGCACCAGUCGUGAUAGAACAAUUUCGAAAAUGGAUACCAUUUUCACUUCCCCUAUCUAGGCUCUCAACAAUCACCUCUGCCUCGUCUCGAUUUCAUUUUGUAGAGACAUUUAAAAAGCAUCGUGAGACUUCUUUUAAAUCCAAUGCUGAAUUAUUUGCCAUAAUUUCUGUCGAUGCUGCAGCUGUUAAGUAUCUGGUAUAUUCGAAAACUAUUGCCAAUUUCUCUAUCGCCGUUAUAUGUUAGCCUUUGGUGAUUGAUUUUUAGAGUAAAUAUUGUAAUUAUUAUUGAUUAAACUUGUGUUUGAAUGGUCUGUAUUGUUUCUUGCGUCUGCUCAUCCUCCUUAGCUUUACCAUCGAAAGCUUUCUAGCCUUUCUGCGUUUCAUUUCGAUUUUAUAAUCUCUAACCUACCCUUCCGCUGGAAAAAAAUAUUUUAAUAUGCUCUAUUAUUUAAUAAAGUUGCAAGGAAGCUAGCUAUUUUUAAUGUUAAUAUCUAGCUUCUUGAAGGCAACCAAGCUACUUAUCGCCCCACUCUAAACUUUCAGUAAAAUAGCAGUGUUUCAGGAGGAAGUUUCCAACAAACAUUUUAUUUAGUUCUUCAGAUUAACAAUGUAUACAGUUCGUGUGAUAAGAAAGACUCCGCUGCUUGCGAGAUCUACAGAGCACAAAAGUUAAAUUAAAACUGAGGUAUUUUAAAUAUGUCCACCUAUAAGUUUUGUCUUUAAUCAAGCGAGCAAACAAGGGCAGCAAAGGCUAAAGUCGAUUCAAGUAAAUUAAGCUGGGAAAAUAUCGCAUCGAGACUGUCAGCUAAGGGUCAGUGUACACCAAUUGUUUAACUACAUGGGUAUAGCCCUACUGCACUAACUAUUUACCUCACAGCACACAGCAGGGCUCCACAAAAACCUACCGAGUACCUUGAAAAAUGUUUUACAGUUGUUUUCUUUUCGCACUAACUAAAAUUUAGUGCAGUUGGGGAUUAACAUAUUUACAACAGUUUAAAACAUGUGAUGUCUUUUACACUUAUAAUAUAGUUGUUUAGACAAUAUAUCAUAUACUUACAAGAAUUAAUUUACAACAGUUAGUGUCUUUAACACUUUACACUUACAACUCUUCGAUAAUUCAUAAUCUGAAUAAAACAUUUAUUUGUUACAAAAUAUUUGUACAUAAUAUCCAUCAGCGGUCGCUUGGGCACUGAAAAGACUUCGAAUACUUGUGCCUUACAUACUUACAGCAAAUAUUGAACAGUUGGUUCCUUUCGCACUUAUACAAAUAUAGAACAGGUGGUGCCUUUGGAACUUACAAAUUUUAGAAGAGUUGGUGUCUUUUGCAUUUACAGUAAUAUAGAACAGUUGAUGCCUUUCGCACUUAUAAAAAUUUACACUUACAAAUCUUCAAUAAUUAAUGUGCAAUUUGAAUAAAAUAUUUAUUUUUUACGAAAUAUUUUUAUACAAUAUAGUCAGUGGUCGCUGCCAAAAAAAAGUCACUCUCGAAUUCAAGAGCUUUAUUCUUAUAUAUAUUAGCUAAUUUAUAUCCAGACAGGAGGCGGCGAAAGUAGAACUGAUAGUAAUAUAUAUAACUCAUCAGAAUAUAGGUAAUAAGAAAACGAAUUUAUAAACACGAAGCCCUACAAAAUUUCUCUCAUCGUUUUUAGAACAGUCUAUGCCUAUAUAAGAAUUACAUACAGUGAAAGACGCUACAAAGAGAAAUAUAUAAUAAAAUCAAAUUUAGUUUAAUUUUAUUAAUUAUUUAUUGUUUCUGUUAAUUAAAUCUUUAACUUAUUUAGAAAUCUUAAUGAACUAAAGAGAGCCAAAUAUAUUUUUUUAAUUUUAUUAAAUCAUUCAGUUUAUUUGUCUGAAAUAUGGAUCUAAAUAACAUAAUGCCUGAAACAAUCGAAGCCAGAUCAGCUGAAAUGUAUUUUACUGUGCUUAUCAUAACGCAUUUUUAAUAUCGAACAUAUAACCAUUAAAUGUUAAUCUUUCUUUAUUUACAAUUUUUCUAGUAACGUUUAUUACUUUUUUAACUGUAAAUAAAAAAAAAGUAUUUAUUAUUGCUGGAGAAUGUACAGGCAUUUUUGUGAAU